CUAUUAGUCAUUAAUUGGUAAAAUAUAAAUAAGAUCCCUCUUUAGUAAAAUCAGUACUCUUCUUUGUUCCACUUGAAGAAAGGUUAGCAGGUGGUUUUGACUCACAAGAAGAAAAAAUGACUAAACUACUUUCAGUCGCUUUGGGCUUUCUGCUCAUUCUGCACAUCGCUGCAUCCAGUAAGCUGGUGUGUCACAUGACCAACUGGGCCCAGUACAGACCAAGUGGUGCUAAAUUCACUCCAGACAACAUUGACCCUUUCCUCUGCACCCAUGUUAUCUACUCUCUGGCUACAAUCAACAGCUUCAACCAGAUUAUUCCCAUCGAAUGGAAUGAUGAGCAGCUGUAUAGCAGCCUUAACAGCCUCAAAAACUACAACCCUGCGCUGAAGACUCUGCUGUCUGUGGGAGGCACAGUGAAUGGGGUUAGCCCAUUUAUUUCCUUGGUUGGCAAACCUGAUAGUCGUGAAGCUUUCAUUAAGUCAGCGAUAAGCUUCCUGCGAAGCCAUAACUUUGAUGGGCUAAACAUCGCCUGGGAAUACCCUGGACACAACGGCAGCCCACCGGAGGACAGGGAGAGGUUCACUCUGCUGGUUACGGAGCUGGCCAAGGCGUUCCAGGAUGAUGCCACAGAAAACAGGAAGACAAAGCUGCUUCUCUCAGUCAAUGUGGCCGGCUUCAUUUCAACUAUUGACAAAGCUUAUGAGGUCAACAAGAUUGCACCCCACUUUGACUUCAUGAACAUCAUGUCAUAUGACUUCCAUGGACACUGGGAGGCCGUGACUGGACACAACAGCCCUUUGUACCGCAGCUCGGUGGAUAUUGGAUCACAGCUGGACUAUAACAUAAACUCCUCUGUAUCUCACUGGCGGAUGUGGGGAGCACCAGCAGAGAAGUUGCUCCUGGGUUUUCCCACUUAUGGCCGAACUUACCGUCUCAGCACAUCGGCAAGUGAACUGGGAGCUCCAUCAAAUGGCCCUGCAGAUGCUGGACCCUACACUCGCACAGCUGGGUUCUGGGCCUACUAUGAGAUCUGUGAUUUCACCAACAGUGCAACACUUUCAUGGAUCUCUGAGCAGCAGGUUCCAUAUGCCACAUAUGGCAGUGCUUGGGUAGGCUACGAUGACAAGCGCAGCUUUUCUUCCAAGGUCCAGUGGAUGACCAAAGCCUCUCUGGGUGGUGCUCAUGUGUGGACUCUGGACAUGGAUGACUUUAGUGGAUCCUUCUGUUCAGAUGGACCUUACCCCCUCAUAAACCAUCUUAGAUUGUCAAUGGGUUUUGGUCCAAAGCCAACCACCACCCCACGACCCACAACCACCAGGGAUCCCAUUGCUGAUUUUUGCAAGGGCCGUCCUGAUGGGUUGUAUGAGAACCUCGCUGAUAAGAACACCUACUUCCAGUGCUUCCAGGGAAUCACUUACCUACAUCGCUGUCAGCCUGGCCUUGUUUAUUGGGAUUCCUGCAAGUGUUGCAACUGGCCUUAAGCCUUAAGGUCUAUGUCAUUAAAACAGCCGAAAUUGUUAUUACUGCUUAACAUCAGAAUCACUUUUCAGGAGCAUUUUUUAAAUCAUCUAUAUAUAUAAAUAUAUUGCAUCUGAUUCAGCGCUGAAGGCAUUAGACAAAUAAAAUUAUACUACACAAAUUA